GUGCUCUGAAGGCCAUGCAGCCCUCUACCAGGCCUGGGCUAUCUCUGCCCAAAUACUGCAGUGUGGCCGCAAACCGGAAAGCCCCUGACCUAGAUGCUGCUGCAUUACCCUGGGACCUCUCCUUCACCUGUCCUUGUGCCAGGCAAGCACCCUGUCUGCCCAUGAACUGCACACUCACCAGGUGUGCCUCUUGUCACCCAUGUUCCCACACUGUGGAUACACCAUGGCAGGGGCUUAGCUGGCCAAGAAGAGUUGGAGAUGCUGCUGGCCCCUGGGUCCUGGCCAGGAGAGAACCGGAUGGCUUUUAUUAUGUGGCUCAGAUAAAGACUGCCCCAGAGCUGGAGAGGCAGGGGGCCCUGGUUGUGGAAUUUGAAGCUCCCCUUGUCACAGGCCUAAAGCUGCCAGCCCAGCAACGGAGAGUGGUAUUUCCAGAAGAUGUCAUUCAGUUCUCACCAUCUGUGCCACACUCACUAAAAACCGGUGACAAGGUGCUGGCACCUUGGGAACCAGAGCAACAACAGUAUGGCCCUGGCACUGUUCUCUUGGGCUUGAAGAAACAAAAAGGCCAAAGAGCAUCUAAAGAAGAAGAAAUUACUGUUCACUUCUGGAAUGGCAAGACAAUUCAGGUUCCUGUAGACAAGGUCAGGUGGGUGCCUCCCACUGUCUGGAAGAAGGCUGUGGAGAGACUACAAACAUCUCACACCAGGAACUACCACAGUGCCUUUAUUGGGGUACCUCACUGCUCUGCUCUGGGACCUCAGACUGGAUGUGUCAGACACAGGCCCUCUCUGAACUCUUCCUUCUUAUGCUCUCCUGGCCUGUCCUGUGCCCGCUGCCAGUUUCUGUAUCAGAGCUGUUUCUGUGGCUGCCCUUUGGUGGGGCCUAGCUGGUGGUCUCUAACUAGGACCUCAGAGGUCACAAGCAGAAAACUCCCAGAGCCAGAGCUGAAGCCCACAGCUCAGCUUCUGCCCCUACAAGGUCCUACAGAGCAGGCAAUAGCAGCAUUCAGCUACAAUAUGUCCUCCUCCUCUGAGGAAGAGAAUUCAGAGAGUCAUCUGGAGAUGGGACUUCCCCAGAGACAGAUGGUAAGCAGGGCAGUCAACACUGACCCCACCUUUUCUGAGAAGCCUCUGCAGCAGGGCCAACCCUGUCAGCCUGAGUGGAGGUACUGGAGGCGAAAUGGGCCUGAGCCGCCCCCUGGAAAACCAGGAACAAGACGUUGCCACAAUAAGAGAAAAGACAAGGACAAUCAACAGGACAAAGUGUGAAUUGCAGUUGUGGGGAUUACACACGUCAGUCACCACAAGUCACCAACAUGAAACCACGACAGACUCAACCAGAAGCUAAACACAGACAAUGAUGUCCGGGCAUUGGGACGACCAGAGGAAGUAGCUUUUCCUGGGGUCAUAUUCUGUUCGAGGAUGGUAAAACUAUGGCUCCUUUCCAGAAAACCACACAUACCCACUGUUUUGCAUGUCAGAAUGUUUAGAGGACUCAGAGUUAUCCCAGCCUUCUGGGAGUACAUGCAAGGAUCCCUAUAAAAUGCUUCCAGCACCUAAGUCAGGCAGCUCACAGCCCUCCAGAGACCAAAUCCCCUCUUCGAAGGUGUCUAUACUCCAGGUGCACAAGUCCACACAUGUACACAUAAUUUUAAAAACUGGGGUUGGAGUGGACAUGGUCAGGAGCGUUUGUUGCUCUUGCAGGCAGAGGUUUGCUUCUGGCACUCAUACGGCAGCUAACAACCAUCUUCUGGCCCCUGUGGGUACAAGGCACACACAUGGUAUUCAUGCAAAAUACUCAUCCCCCAAAAUAAUCUUAAAGGGCAAACUAGGUAUUGUGGUUCAUGCCUAUAAAUCCCAAGAUUUGGGAUGUUGAGGCAGGAGGAUUGCUCUAAGAGUGAGGUCAGCCUAGGUGACAGGCUCUAAAACUACACAGAGAAACCCUGUCUUGAAAAACCAAAAACCAAAACAGAAAACAUCAAAAACCAAUCUUUAAAAUUAUAGUAGGCACAUAAGGUUUUUCUCUUAGAGGAAGUUAAGGAUAAUGAGGUAAAUACUUGAAAAAGGGUUAAAAAGAGUGGCUGAUCAAGCCUUAAUCGAAGGAGGUUGAGCACAGGUUGUAGGUGAGUGUCUAACAGCACUGCUCCCCUAAGACCUCCUGCAGGUAAGCAGCAUUUGGAAGACACCUGUUGUGAGGGGCACAGGAGCUGGUGGUCCUGCACUGGAACUCCCUGCCAGGGGCCUGAUGAACACCUGUUCACAAAAGGGACAGGGUAUGCCCACUGCUGUCUUCUCAUCAAAUCAAUGGUUGUACAUGGGGAACACUGUUUCCUUCUUUUUAAUAUCAAUAAAAUGAAUUCUUUUUAUU